UCGCUCGCUCCCCCUCCCUGCCCUGCCUCCUCCCCCGGCGGGGCCGCCAUGUUGGAUGGCGCGUGUGGGCGGCGGGUGUCAGAGGCGGCGGCGGCGGGCGGCGGAGCCCCGAGCCGAGCCAGGCCCGCCAGCAGCAGGUCAAGCUUCCCAGUUUCUUUUGCACCUUUGAUGAGGAGAAGAAAUGACUUUAUCAGAAAUUGCUCCAAGUCGGGUGGUGCCCUUGCUCUGUCUUCCUGUCCGAGGGACUUGCAGAGGGGAAAGCGCCGCGGCGGCCAAUCCCUAAGGACUUUCGGGAGGAAUCUGCCUUGACGGGAGCAGGAGAUAAAAAUGACAACUUCGUCGAUUAGGCGGCAGAUGAAAAACAUUGUGAACAAUUAUUCAGAGGCCGAAAUUAAAGUCCGGGAAGCAACUUCCAAUGAUCCCUGGGGUCCCUCCAGCUCCUUAAUGACCGAAAUUGCAGACCUGACUUACAACGUGGUAGCCUUCUCUGAAAUCAUGAGCAUGAUCUGGAAGCGGCUGAACGACCAUGGCAAGAAUUGGAGGCACGUUUACAAGGCUUUAACCCUGCUGGAUUACCUGAUCAAAACUGGGUCAGAGCGGGUGGCCCAGCAGUGCAAAGAGAACAUCUUUGCCAUCCAGACUUUGAAAGAUUUUCAGUACAUUGACCGGGAUGGGAAGGACCAGGGCAUCAACGUGCGUGAGAAGUCCAAGCAGUUGGUCUCCCUGCUGAAGGACGAUGAGCGGCUCAAGGCAGAGAGGGCCCAGGCCCUAAAGACCAAAGAGCGCAUGGCUCAAGUGGCCAUCGGAGUGGGCAGCAACCAGAUCUCCUUUGGCCGAGGGUCCAGCCAGCCUAAUCUGUCCACCAGCUACUCUGAGCAAGAGUACGGCAAAUCUGGAGGCUCUCCAGCUUCCUACCAUGGGUCUACAUCACCAAGAGUGUCUUCAGAACUGGAGCAGGCCCGACCUCAGACCAGCGGGGAAGAGGAACUCCAGCUGCAGCUGGCUUUGGCCAUGAGCAGAGAAGUGGCAGAACAGGAAGAGCGCCUGCGCCGAGGAGACGAUUUGAGGUUGCAGAUGGCCUUGGAAGAAAGUCGCAGAGAUACUGUCAAAAUUCCCAAAAAGAAGGAGCAGCACACAGCUUUGCUGGACCUCAUGGAUGCGCUGCCCUCUUCUGCCACCUCCGCCCCAAAAGGGGAGCCUUGGAAGCCCCCAGCUGCAGUCAACAAAACUGACCCUUGGGGGGGUCCUCCAGUCAGCACUGCCACCUCUGAUCCAUGGCAAUCGUUCGGUGCCAAACCAGCCACCUCUGUUGAUCCGUGGGGAGCCCCUGCAGCAUCCUCAGCUGCCCAGCCUCUCCCAAAGAAUGCUGAUCCUUGGGCUCCUUCCCAGCCCUCCUCCGUGGCAACAAAGACAGCCGUGGACCCCUGGGGACCAGCACCAGUAAACAAGCCAAUUUCUGCUUCUAGUAGUAAAUCUUUCGACCUCUUCAGCAAUUUGAAUGGGACAAUUAAAGACGACUUUUCUGAAUUUGACACCCUUCGAACUUCUAACAAGCAAGGUUCUGCUUUGUCAGCUCAGAACAGUGGGACCACCAGCCCCGCCCUCUCGGACUCCCUGCCAGCCGGCUCCUCCUCCUCCAGUCAACAGGGCGGCGCUCGGAGGACCCCCGAGUCUUUCUUGGGCCCCAAUGCUGCUUUGGUGAAUCUGGACUCCCUGGUAUCUAAGCCCCCCCAGCCAGCACCAUCCCUUAAUCCGUUCUUGGCUCCGGGAUCGUCGUCGUCGGCUUCUCCUUCUCCGGCCGCAGUCAACCCCUUCCAAGUGAAUCAGCCGCAGCCCCUCACUCUCAAUCAGAUGCGGGCCAGCCCCAUCCUCGGGGGUAGCCUGUCCUUCAACGCUGCGCCGGGGCUGGAACCGGGGCCCCUUCCUUCUGUGGCUCUGCCCCCCUUGCCAGCCGUGGGCCCCGUGACCUCUCUAACCAGGAUGGGCCCGGGAGUAAGCGUGGGCACAAUGGGCUCAGUGGCUCAGCCUGUCCACCACCCGGGAAUUCCCCCCUCGAUCUCUCAGCCGGCCAACGCGACUAACCCUUUCCUCCUCUAGAGGAGGCCUGGAGCGUGAAGCCUCCCUGGGAAAGGCGGGCAGGACAUUGGAGGUGAACCGCAAGCGCCGGAGACGGGGGCGGCUAGGCUGUCUGGCUGCCGGAGCUUUCUGCGGGAGCUCCGGUGCCCUUGGCCGUUCCCCGAGACCCGCCCACAUGCUGCAGAGGGUACUUUUUGUUUGGGUUCUUGGCAGCCUGGCAGAAACGCCUUGGCGUGUGUCACCAAAGUCAGUUUCUGCUCCCUCCCCUUCCUCCUUUUUUGUUAAUCAUUUCAACAUAAUAGGAAGACUUUGCCAUCUUAAAUAGCUCCCUGUGUUGUUUUGUAGACCAUACGCCGCACUCUGAAGUGCCACAGCCUGAGCCAGCCAGAUCCCAUGCUUGUAAAAACACAUUUGAGACUCAAGAGUGCUAGUGAACAUGGUUUGCACAUAAACCAUAUUCUCUUCUAGACUGUUGGUUCACCCAUAGUCCUUAUAUCAGUCUUGACAAAAGAAGUAUCUGGCCAGCCCAGGCCUUUGUUUUCUGUAUAUCCUCACACACUAAAAUGUUGUCGAGCAAAACUCUGCCUCCCUUCCCCCCCCCCUGAGAAUCAGGUGGGGGGGUGGUUGGGCGAACUUAUCCAGAGGAGGAGACCCGAAGCAAGCUCUGUGAAGUCCUGCAAGUUUUUGUGAAACCCCGCAAGUGUGCCGUUUUGUACGCAGUGUUGAAUUUCUACACUUCUACGGACUGUCCACAACCUCCGUCUGAAUGGCUGGCAUGCUGCACUUGUGUUCAGGACCGUUUUUGGCUCUGCUUUCUGAUGGUGACUUCAUUUGGAAAUUAAUUGCUCUUUUACUUUGACUUGCAAUGCAAGGUUUAAAAAAGCAUAUGGUGGGGGAUACAGAGGUAAUAGGGCGACUCGGGAACUGAUUUGGGGUGACCUUUUGUUAUUAUGCAGUAAUCCUUGUCUACUUUUGCACUUUUAAGGAUAGGGCCGUUUUGGAUUUGAGUUCGUCAGGUCAGCGUUCUGUUUUCACUCUUGCUAAUUUUUAUAAUGUUCUUAUUUAACAGUCAAUAGUUUUGAUAGACUUAUCAGGUUUAGUGGAAAAAUUAAGAUACUGUCUUUCUUUUCCAAUUCUUUUCUUUUUUUGAUUUAAUGUUUCUUAUUUAUAUAUAAAUAUUUUAGCUCUUGGUUUUCAUAAAGAGAAUUUUAAAGGGAGUAUCGACAAACCUGCUUUUGAACAAAGACAUUUGUAUUGAAAAAAAUUGGAAAAGCUCCUGUAACAUAAAUUUUGAGAGGAAUAUGGCUAAGGUGACAUUUAAAAAGGAAAACACUACAGUUGCCUUUCAGAUUCCCAGUUUUAUGAAUACAUCUCUCCACUUUGUGUAAAAAAACAAAACAAAACCUCCUGGAAGCUUUUGAGAGGUUGAAGAUCAUGGAAAAUAAAUGACUUCUCUCUUGUAAUACUUUCAGCAACUUAAAAAUAAAACAAAACAUUACUGUAUGAAUGUUACUUUUAAUUAACUAAACUCUUCUAACUAAAGAAUGCA